UGAAUAGGUGCACAGAUAAAUCUGUGAGUUCUUCUACACUGUCUUCCUGUGCUUGAUACAUGAUUCGUUUAAACUCUACGAUGAACUUGUAUAGUCCGUAUUAAUCCUAUUCUACUUUACUUGAUCAAUGCUUCAACAUUUAUCAAUGUUUGGAGUACGUUUUGUUUUAUUUUAUCUUAGCACUUUACAGAUUUAUUUAUUUUUUUACAGAAGAGUAAUUUGUUUUCGCCACUCGCUUAAAGUAACUUAAAUUAGGAGACUCCACUGUAAAGGACGAUUUAUUUGAAAGAACUUGGAGACACAGAGCCAGGACAACAGGGUUUGCAGCCCUACUAUCGACGAGUGCUAUGGGAUCUUGAGACUAGACCUCAGGGAGACAGGACCUUUGAUUGAUGGGUACUGUCCCUGCCUGCACUUGUUAUUACCUCUUUCAUAGCAGGUGAGAACAAUGAGGAUGAUGAUGAUGUCCAACUCCUCCCUGAGUCCCAUGGAGCUGCUAACAGGUAAUAGCAGCUCCAUGCAGCCCGGGGGCGCUGUUGGGUUCCCUAAAGACAGCUUCACCAAUGCCAUGACAAAGAACAUAGUGGCAAUGCUCGUCUGGCUCGUCCUCAACGUCAUUAACGGCACCAUGGUGUACACCUUCAUGAAACACAGGGUUUUCUACGAGGACCCGCGUUACAUCAUGUUUAUCUGCAUGGUGGUGAACGACGCCAUGCAGCUCAGCCUGGUGACCACCCUGUACGUGGUGAGCUACAUCUUCAGACAGAUCCACGCCAGCGUCUGCUGCAUCCUGGUGAUGACCGCGGUGCUCACCACUCGCUCCACCCCUCUCAUCCUGGCGGGCAUGUCGGUGGAGCGCUACCUCUCCAUCUGCUACCCCCUGCACUACGGCCACGUCUGCACCGCGCGCCGCACCUUCCUCCUCAUCUGGGUCAUCCUCCUCCUCACGGCGGCCCCCCCGCUCACCGACCUCUUCAUCACCCUGGCCAAGGAGCCGCCAGAGUUCUUCUCCUCGUCCAUGUUCUGCGACCACUCGCUGCUCUUCAGGGACCGCUCCAUCUACUACAAGAACUGCGUGUUUGACGGCAGCUACCUGUCCUUUGUGGCACUGACGCUGCUGUACACCUACUGUAAGAUCAUGAUGGCCGCCCAGGCCGCCUCCACCACGCUGGCGUCCGUCAAGCGGGCGCGCAACACCGUGCUGCUGCACGGAGCGCAGCUGAUGCUGUGCCUGCUAGCGUUCGUGGUUCCUUCGCUGCAGGCGUCGCUGAUCACUCAGUUCCCCCACCUGAGCCUGGAGAUCCGCUACGUCUUCUUCCUGCUCGUCUACAUCAUACCCCGGUUCCUCAGCCCCAUCAUCUAUGGCUUCCGGGACGAGAACUUCAGAAGGUACUGGAUCCGCUACCUCACCUGUCGGACAGGAAGAGCUGGCAGAGUCCGGCCCCUGCCCAUUAAGGUCACCCCCAAGGUCAAGUAAGAACCUCUGUGUUGAGUGGGGGAGGAACUGUGCCACCCUGUCGGGUGGACUUCUCUUCUUUGUCAGGCACAGUUACCUGGACAACAAGGAAUCACAAGGACCUCUAGACUCUAUGUAAAGAAAUCAGAAGAAAAAAGUGAUUGGAUUUUUUCCCUUUUUAGUCUUUGAAAAAAAGUCCUUAAGGUUUAAUACAGAGUACAAAGACUAUGUGUUGGAGGCAUGGAUGAGAUACAGAGUUUCUUGAUUCUUUGAAUUCCUAGGGGUAUGUUUUACUGCCAGUGAACCCAAAGUUGUGUUUUUGUCUAGAGCUGUGACACUAGAGCUUCCAAGCUAAAUUCUGAUGUUGGCAUUGCGAUUGGUGACAAUAUAUUAAUGUUUGCCCAAUGAUUCUAAUCUAUAAUGCAUUUGUAGCCUAGCAAUUCAUACCAAUAUGCUCCAAUGUGCCUAUUGUUGUGUAAUUGUGUAAUUGUUUUGUCUCUUGGUCAAGUCUCAAGUCUCAUGGGUUUCUUUUGCUGAUGUACGUUUUCACAAGUUGGAUCAUAAAUACAAAUUACACCUUUACUCAAACUAACCCAAGCUAAAACAAUUUAAGAGGCUGAUAGACCUACCUAGUCAUUAUGGUACAACACUACCAUUGACGUCUUGCUAAGAUGAGACUCAAAUUAAAGUUGUAUUUAUUUAAAAUACAAACAUAACACACACACACACACACACACACACACACACACACACACACACACACACACACACACACACACAAACACAAACACAAACACAAACACACACACACACACACACACACACACACACACACAUAUAUAAA